AAUUGUAUUAAGCCCUUAAGUUACGCAUAAAAUGUCUAUGACACUUGUACCAUAACAGAGCACAGACCUACAUAUUUCAUAUAAUGACAUGUAUGUAUAUACAAGUGUAGGUGUAUGUAAGAAAAUGUUAAUAAAUAUAUUGUUCCAAAAAAAAAAACUCAUCUCACUGUUUAUAGUCUGUAAACUCAGAGUCAGACUUGGAAAACUCAAAUGUUGUCGAUGAAAUUGUAGAAAUUAGGCACUGAAAUGACUAAAUAUCUCAAAAUAUUGGAAUAAAACCUGAGAAUAAAGGUGAUUUCCUACCAAAAUAAAAUACCUGACAGAGCAGAAUAAACUAGGCUUUAAAGUUGGAUGCGUUUGGCUGAUUGGUGGUGAAAAUAUCUUUUUUAUGGAAUGUGGGCGCAUGACCUCUGCGUUUCUCAAACACCUACAGUCUAAGUGGUAUUUCCUUUCCUUUUCUUUUCCCCCCUUCUCUCUCUUUAGGACCCUGUAGCACCUGCUGAUCCCUUGGAGCCUUGACGUCAGCGCUGUAAACGGUGGAGAUCUCCGGUGCGCGGCGGCAGCGGUGCUCAGCGUCCGUCCAGCGCGCAACGCAGGCGGCUGCCGCGGCACCAGCAGCAGCAGCAGCAGCAGCAGCAGCAGCAGCAACUCAGUUCAGACUUCCCCGCCCCGACUCAUACAUCCACACACUGUCUGGGAGGGAUACAGCAAAGACACACUCAACAACAACAAGAACAACAAGCAGCAGCAUCCUCUCCAGGUUUUGGAACCGGUCUUCGCCUCUCCAGCCUCGCCAAUGUCGUCUGCUGUCACCGAGACGGAGGAGUCGGCGCGCAGCUCCCCGCUGACACCGCUCAAGCUUGUCGGGCUGGUGUGCGUCUUCCUGGCGCUCUGUCUGGAUGUGGGAGCCGUGAUGAGCCCGGCGUGGGUGACCGCCGACGACCAGUACUACCUGUCUCUGUGGGAGUCCUGCUGGAAGCCGGCGAGCACCGAGAACUGGCAGUGCAACAGCACUCUGGGCUCAGACUGGCAGGUUGCUACGUUGGCCCUGUUGCUAGGGGGUGGAGCCCUGGUGCUGAUGUCAUUCCUGGUCGCUCUGGUUGCAGUGUGCAUCGGGACGAGACGGCGAUUCUACGCACCCGUCGCCUUCAUGCUUUUUGCUGCAGUUGUCCUCCAGGCCUGCAGUUUGGUCCUCUACCCCAUCAAGUUCAUCGAGAGCAUCAACCUGAGGAUCUACCAUGAGUUCAACUGGGGAUAUGGCCUAGCCUGGGGGGGAACCAUCUUCUCCUUUGGUGGAGGAAUACUCUACUGCCUCAACCCCAAGAACUAUGAAGAGUAUUACUAGCCCUGAUUCAAGCCCAGGAACCUUCAGUCACAUGCUUGGAGAGGUAUUGAUGAGGUAAAGAGGGGGUUUGUGGGUAUUUUAUUUAAUGGCUCAAUUCCAAAGAACUGUACACUGGAUUUGAGCCAAUAACUGCAUCGCCGCAAGUUUCCCAACCCUGGGAAAAUUCAUGGGGUGAAGCUGGUGUUUGGUGGAUUUCUUUUUGUGCCUGAGUUAACAGAAGAAGGUAUUUUAUUCCUAGGACUUGUGACACAACUGGAGGAACUGACUAACCUGCAGUAACAAAGGAUGGAGGUUUACAUUGAAGAUGCCGCCUCCAUCCUCUCUUCCCUGUGAAUAUAACUGCAAGAACUACUCUCAUUAUGUCACUGACAACUCAGCCUAUUGACUCUGUUAUUUAGGAAACAGGAUGGUAGACUGGGAGGCUUUUACUGCACGUUUACGCUCGCAUGCACAUGCAACAGCACGUGUAUCCUCACCUGUAAACAUCAAAUCCUCGUGUUGGACAUCUUCUCUCUCUCUUCUGAAAAUCUAUUCCCCAGUCUCCUGCUCCAUUAGUUCAUCAUCGUCAGUGCUUAGCUAGGAGUUGUGUCAUUUUGUCCAAUGGAGCUCUUGAACUUUCACAAGGACAUGGAAGAGGAUCAGACACUACAGUUGUACUUCAUAACUUUUCAUAAGACAGAUAGAUUCCUCUUGGGGGAAGGUAGGAGGGGAAAAUAAAAUAAAGACACCCGCUCAAUAUUCCGUUUUCGACCCACUUGUCUGUUACCGCGGCAACCCACAGGGUGUGCACAUGCAGCUGUCAUGAUUGAUUAGCCAUGGUCGGAGGUGUGAGACAGGACUGCGCUCAGCUGCCUUGAAGGGUCUGCUAAAUUUCGAUUCCCUAUUGAGUCGAGUUUCUCCACACUAUGACAUUCAGGGCAUCCUUUUUCCUCUGGUGCAGCGCCUUCUGCAUCCUGUUUGUGGACGGAGUACACGCAAUACACGCCACAGACAGAUACAGUACAGUUUCUCAGUCGGCGUGUUUACAUGUACAUCAGCAUUUUAAGAAAGUUAGAAUUUGUGCAUCCUGAGUGUAAUAUUAUGAUUAAACACUCAGCUAAAGUGAGUAAAGCAAGUACAAUCACAGACACCUUUGGGCAACUGUGACUUUGCUAGGUGCCCCCUGGAGCAUGUAUACACUUUUGUCAGACUUUUUGUCAAGUACAUUGCUCUAGUGGAGGUGAAAGGGAAGUGUGGCCUUUUGCAUUUAGACUCGUUGGAGAUAAAUGGAGUUUAGGGUGGUAACCAAAAUCACUCCCUAUUUGCUACUUACUGCACUAUAUUCAUGGGUUUAGGUUUAGUUUCAGAGGGGUGUGUGGGGUGUCAUGAGAACAGUUGUGGUGGGAUUAACAUUUCUGAAAAUGAUGUUAUCUUCAAUAAUAAAAAUGGCAACUGUCUACACACAAGAGAAAAAAGGUAAAUGGAAAUAAAGUAUUGGGGACCAAGCAUCGACCCUUGAGGUACUCCAUAAAGUGCACCUGUUGUGGCUGGCCUAGAGUCAGGAAUACCUACACCAGUGUAGACUCAAACCAGUGUAGUGCCACGAGAAUCCACUUUGAAGCAUGUCGAAAAUGUUUUUUAUGAACACUCAUAUAGAAUGCUGUUGAUUUUGACAGAAAAAACAGUUUCAGAUCAGAAUUAAACUCAUAACUCAUAAUAGGAUUACUGUCAAGGACACAGUCAGAUAAUUGCCUCCCAGCACGAGGAAUCAAUGGAUUAUUGUGUACAUGUAAACAUUGCCCCUGAAGCUGACUAUUUAUAAACCGGAUCAGUAGACACUACUGAUAAGUUCAGGCCAUGUGUCUCCUUGUCUACAGUAAAUGUCAGGGAUCAGCCCUGAACCCAGUGUGUGUACAUUUUGGUGGAAAACAAGCCGGGCAUGCAUCUGUUGGCACAGGAAAAGCAAAUGUCAAUAUCAGCCAGUGUCAAAUGUCAGCAUUAAUGGAUGCUGGGAAGCAUUCGGUAUAGGAUCAGGAUUGUAUCUUACAUUAAGGCAUCACCACCUUAUAGAAAAGAUCACCUGAUAAUCACUGCUUUCAUGUCCCAACAGGCUGAUGUGAAUUUAAGCAGUAUUUAUCUCAUUUCCACGGUUUCCCCUGCCCUCAGGGUUUGGCUCAAAUCACCAGUGGUUUGGGUGGUAGCCAUGGAUCAAAUGUGAUCUCUGCUUGUUGAUGUGAGUGGAAAAACAAAUAUUGUGACUUCUGUAUUGAUUUUCAAUUCUAGAUUGGCUGAUAAAGCAGGUAAUAAAGCUAUUUUUGCUUUCAUUGUGAAAAUGCCUGUUCAUGCUCUCUCUUAGCCAAAGUUUAAGUUCAACUCCCCCUGUGUGCUGUUACUUACAGUUACUUUCCUCACCCUCUGACCUCCAUUCUUCCUUCAAAACACACUGUGCAGAGAGUGGGAUGUAAAUUCAGAAUUUUCCGGCUGACAUUUUGGAGAUACAAGCAGCGUGUUGUUUGUACUCUCCACUGUCACAUAUUUACUGUCAACUGUCAAACAAUCACCCAAAAAUAGGAUCCAGGCUGCCUCCCUCCCCAUCUUAACAAAUGUCCACUCACACAAAUUAUGUCCAUUUAUUUUAUAUAAACUGACACGAUGAUGUUUAGCACAAUAUAAUUUCCUCUGUUCUUGAUGUGGAGAUCUUGCAUUUGUUUUGGCAGUCCUUUCUGUCACUACACCAGCAGGGCUUCUAAAAUCAGCUCAUUUAGGGUUUAAUGACUGCGAGCUGAUGCGACGGGAAGCAGAUUUCAAUAACGCUUUAUAUUACAGACCACAAAUGACACUGUCAUGAUUUAGUAUAUACAGGGUAUCAAUGAAGGUUUGGGAAGGAAUGGUUUUAGAUGUUAGGAAACAUGCUUAUUCACCUCUCGUUAGCCAUACAGUUUUAAAGGUUUAAUCCAUGCAGCCACACUAACUAUUGUUUUCAGUCUUUAUGCUCACCUAAACAGCUGCUGGCUCUAGAUUGGUAUCAAUCUUUCCAUUUAACUGGGAAAUAAAGCAAUUUAAGAAUAUUUCCCAAAAUGAGCAACUAUUCCUUUGUUUAUAUAUUUAUAUAGAGGGUAUGGAGAGAUGGUGGAGACCAAAACAGAGCUAAAAGGAGAGUAAAUGUUGGACUUAUGUUCAUUAGAUGGACACGAACACAACUCUAUAUGAAUGCUAAUGUUGCUCUGUAACUGCUAGAUGUAUAAAUUGGCAUAUUUAUAGGAUAAUAUGUCAGUGUUGAUGCCCAAAGUGGCUUAAAUAAAUCUGUAUAUUUAAAAUGUACUGGAAAGUUAAUGAUUUUUCCAAGUAACCCCUGAAAACAAAUGCGUUAUCCCAUUAUUCAAUAUACUUAUAUACAUCUUACUAGUUCAUUAGUACCCUGCCUGUACUAAAUAUUGUCACUGUAAUCUGCAGGCUAUAAUGUAAAGCGUUACUAAAGAAUAGCCUUGUGGGCAGGAUGUGGUGCAGACUAAAGCCACUUAAUCUUACUUUACAAGCCUUUUCAGGCUGACAUAAACCUCAUGUUGUAAAUUCACAGUGUAUAUUUCAUAGGUAGUAUUGAACUGAUGGGUGUUAUAUGAAAGUAGGGUCUUAGGAGGGUCAACAAAAUCCUAAACUUCAAUGUUUAGAUGUGGAUUUCUUUAUGUAUAGUGACAGGAUGUCACGGUUUUCCCAUCGUUUUAUUCUGCACUGAGUGAAUUCAGAAAUCCAUUGUUAUUAUUCCAUGAGUCAUACCAGCUCUAUGGGUCAGCGGGUGCUUUUCAGCAUGUGACCUUGCUCUUUAGUAUUUUAUCUAAACGAUGUCACAGCUUCACUGUGUUCAGUGGUGGGGCUCCGGUUAAUCAGUGUUUCAGAAUUGUUGGGUCACCAGAUUUUCUGUCAGAUCACGGAUGAAGCAUUUUGCUUCACCUGACUCUGUGUGUGUGUGUGUGUGUCACUUCUUUCGAGCAGAGCGAAACAGGAGUCCUGACACAAUACGGAAGUGCUGUAAUAGAGAUCAUGAUAUUUGAUAUGGCCGCUAAUGUAUUUAAUACUGUAUGAUCACAGCUUAGUGAGGGUGUUUUUACUACCUAGAAACGUCUCUGUGCUUUGGUGGUGUAGAGUGACCGUAGGCACUAACACUGUAACAGACCUGGGUUAAAAUAUACAGGAAAAGUUUCAAUAUCCACUAAUAUAUAGUAAUGGAAGAACUAAAUAGCUAUUUAGUGCUUUCAAAAUCAAAAACAAACACAUUAGUUUUUAUGUGCAAUAUUUGAUGUCCUGAAAAUGCUGUUGAUUUAUGGUCUCGCCUGCUAUUAGAGCACUCUUAAUUUACCUGCCAAACACAUAAACACUCCUUAAAUAUCUGGCAAGGGAGCUAAAUCCCCUGCCAGAUUAGUCUCAGAUCAAAGACUUACUGCUUUAUACCGUCAGGCUGUUUAACAUUGUGCCGCUGCUUUUAUUUUAUCCAACAUUCAAAGUGACAAUACUACGUUUCGGAUUGGUAAUGCAGAGAACAAAUACACCCUCCUUCCUCCGAGCUGCUGCUGCCUUCAGGAAGGAGCAGAUACAGUUAAAGCUGCGGCGUGUUUUGGUUUCUUAAUUGGGAGGCUGAAAUCAAUGUCACGUCAGUUGUAAUUAUGAGCCUCUGCUUCUGAAUGACAACGCAAAUAUGUUUGCACCAGUUUCAGAAAUGACCUACAUGCUUUGAUUUUUAAUGAAGCGCUUCAACGUGCUUCUGCGUAAAUAAAAUUAUUUGUGUUUGGCUCCGGAGUGUGAUUUCUAAAAGGAACUCCACAAGCUGGGUGACAAGCUAUAACUGCCCCCUAAUAGGUUAUACUUGUUACUUGUGGCCCCAGGGUUCCUGACCCAUGCUGGUUCUUUGUAUGUUUUAUCCCAGGUCUGACUUGUAGUUAUUAGCAUUUAUUUGGUUAUUAAUUUACCGAAGAAAAGUAGAGGCUCGCAAACAGAAACAGCUCUGUUUUAUGCAUCAUCUCCCUGUAGACUGGAGAGAAACACUGUCUAAUGAUGUGCAUAGGGAUUUAGGAAGUGUGUAUGAAUGUAUGUGUGUGAAUGAUGAGGAGGUUUGACAGAGAUAAGAGAGAGAGUGUGUGUGUGUGCGUGCAUGUGUGUUGGCAUGUUUUAGAUGCCACUGUAGAGAUGUCAGUAACAAGCAUUUAUCUCUUUGUACGUUGCCACAUUAAAGCACUGAACAGAA